GCGACUCCCUCGUUUUUAAACAUCCCAGGUGUUAUCGCUGGAAAACUGUUGCAGUAGUUAAGCUUUACGAAGAAACUUCUGAAUGAGCUUCCUGAAGCAAAUUGUCGAAGAUACUAGUACCCUAAAGUCAAUACUAAAUGGUCUGUCUCGAGUUUAUGAAAAUGAUAUGCGUUUGGCUUUGGCAAAGGACUUCUGUAAUGAGUUUGCUCUGUUCCAGUAUGAAUAUCAAGCUAUCCGUAGACAGUUUGAACUGGGAGUGAUAAGCGUCUUAGCCUCUAACAAUGUGCAUCCGAAUUCAUACGAUGAAAUUAGUGUAUGGGUGCAACAGCUAGAUGAUUUUGCCAAUACGUUUCAGAGUUUGAAGGAUUCAUUAAAUACUCUGCAAAAUAUUCUUGAUUCAUCAUGUCAAUUUGUUUAUCAUCUGAAUAAUCAUGGAAACUAUUGGCCUUUUGGAUGUGCCCAAUACGACAUGAUACAGGCGUUUAAUAACACCAAAAAACUGGCGGAAUAUCUGCAUUUGGAUCUCGAUAGUUCCACUGAGAAUACUCUUGAUUUAUCCACCACCAACUAUUCUCAUGAUUCAUUACUGAGAGAAGCGUUAAAUCUAGAACAAAAUUAUAAUUCGUACAGUCGAUUCUACGUAAACAGUAAAGUAAUGCAUGGACACCAGUACACACAGAAUCUACAGCACAAUCUUUACAAAGAACAAAUGAAGUACGAUAUGAAAAUCACUUGGAGUAUACUAUCUGAUUGCUACUGGUUUUUAUUAGGAUCCAAAUUAAUCAGCUUCAAUGCUUAUUUAGCAAGGGCUAGCGAACAGUGGGUUGAAAGAAAAGAUACAUGCACUGAACUCAAGCCAUUAUGUCAAAACAGAAAGAAUUGUGAGAGAAUGAUUAACAAGUUUUUGCAAGAAAUUGUAUCAUAUCGGUCUGCACUAUCCACUAUCGAUGCUACCAGUAACAAUAAUAAUGAUAUCGGCAAUCAUUGUUUAUCAAGAUAUUAUCCGAUCACAUCGAAUUGUUUUAAUGAUAUGUCUAAUAAUCUGAAUAUCAUGAUAUGUGAAAACAAUAACAUCGGUAAAUUUAUCUGCACUCAUGGAGUAUUGGCAGAACAUCCCGAAUCCCUUAACUUAGCUCUAAUAAAAUCAAUUUCUUUGUUCCAAUGUAUAAAUUAUAUGAAGGACAAUUGUGUAUUAUCCUUAAAUAUUGAUGCGUUCAAUUACUACUCGCCAGUAAUGUAUACAACCACAUUGGUUAUACCAAUAUGUAUGAGAAGGUCAACAGAAGAAGUAACCAAAUUCUGUGAUACUCAACAAAAAAGAAUUUUAUAUUACUAUACAAAACGUUACAGUAUGACAGGAUAUUAUUACAGUGAAUUAGUUAUCACAAUUGAAGAUAAUGAAGAUUUAACGGGAUCGAUUUUAAACUUAUCAAAAUCAACACAUCAAAGCAAUUUAAUUUCUGCUAACACUGGAAACAGUUCAAAACAAUUAGUUCAUAAGGAAACUAAUCAAGCAUUCAAAGAACGUUGUCUUUACAAGACAUGUGCUUAUUUCAGUUGCCUUACGCAGCAUGUGGUUCCAAUUCACCCAGUUCAUGAGGAUAUUCCAGUCGUUGAAAAUCUCACUACCAGAAAAUCUGAUACAUUUAUCAUUUGGCAAGGACAUUUCACUGUGAACAAGAAAUAUGACCAACCAAACUUGGAGACACCGUUAGAUGUGUCCUCUGAUAAAGGUUACCAGUGUACAUCUCUCAUGCCGUGUUAUAUGAAUCCAGUUCCUUCCAUAAAAGCGUAUGAGAAUCUUGUAAAACCAAAAUACGACAAAUGUUUAGAAAUUUCAUCAACUUCUGGUGAUAAAUGUCAUGAAGAUUCAGCAUAUCAAACGUCGAAUACCCCUGAUAAUAACGACCAUAAUAAUAACAACUAUUGUGGAAUACAAUGCGAUGAGGAAUCUCCUGUAGACUGUCGUGAUACUUUUGAUACAACUUCAGAAAUAUCUUCUUUUACAUUCAUAAAGUCAAAUACAAUCAAUAUGAAGUCAACAUUUAAUGAAAACAGUAAUGAUAUCACUGAUUCAUGCAUUAAUGACAACUCUAUUUCACCAGAAACUGAUCUAUGUGAUUAUGAAUUGUCCAUUAAAUCUAAAGAUUCUGAAAUACUAUUUGACAUUGGUGAUGCUGAUUCACAAUAUUCUCAUCCAAAUGUAUCUGAAUCUACUUCUAGUUCAUUGAUGAAUAUCGAUAUGAAUAGUCUAGUGGAGUCGACUAGAGUACAUAAUUCUGUGAAUAAGAAUGACAGUAAUACUGAUUAUAGCGAAAAUCAAUGUUUAGAAUUAACUGAGGACAGAAAAUUCUUAGCUCGAUAUAAUUUCAUCACUUCAUACCUUAGCCAGUUAGAAGAAAAAUUAAAGAAAAUUUCAGUGGAAAUCAGUUCACUGGAAACCUGUGAACAAAUCAGUCAUGGUAAUGAGUAUAUGAAAGAGAUUGAAAAAAUUCUACAAUUACUUGUCCUAGUCAAAAAAGAUACCUCUGAUGUUUAUUCGAUUAUAUCAAGUUGUAGUGAGGAAUGUCUAUCCGCGUCAAAUGAUGAUGGUAUUGGUAAUAAUAACAAUAAUGUUAAUAACACCAAUUUGGAUAAUGAAUGUAGCAGUAUAUCGCAGUCAGUUUUACUGGAAAGCCUUGUAUUAGGGAAUACAGAUGAAUUUUGUCAAGACAAUAUCGUAACACGUUUAUCUACUCUGAGAAGUCUACGAACUGAUCUCCUAAAAAGAUGUGAUAUGCUAGUUUCACGCGUAGAAGCGAAGCAGUACAGUUCACAACGUGUGGAUGAAGAGUUAACUUCAAUCAGUCAGAGUUUGGCGUUACUCGCCAAUAGGCUUGAAAACCCUGAUAAUGAUAAUGGUAAUCUGUGUGGUACUAGUCUAUCAACAACUGGUAGACUAAAAGCACAGAUACUUGGAUUACAGGAAGUUGAAGCAGAGCUGAAGUAUGCUGAGGAGAAUAUGCAUCAAGUAAAAUGUGAAAUGACUAUCCAAUCACUUCAACCUGAAACGAUCUCUCAAAAACUUGAUUCUGUUGAAGCUGAACUAUUUGACAUGAAAGUCAGCAUACAAAACAAGAUAACAUGCCUUAAAGACUUUCAUGUGCGAGUAAGUGAAUUGGUGAAAAUGGCUGAAGCGGAAUUAAACAGGUUGAAAGAACAAGAAAGUGAAUUGAUUCGAUAUACAAUUAGGGAAGAACCUAAUGAUUUGGAGCAAGAUAUGAAUGUCUUUCAUAGACUUAUCAUCAAAUUCAGUCAGUAUCAAACAUAUAACCUUCUGCCGGUGUUAAAUAGUUACGAGAAAUUGAUGCAUAACGAUUUCAACCCUCAUGAUAUGAAUUUAUAUCAAGACUUACAGUUAGUCGGACCUUUCUAUAACGCUGAAGAUAAUGUACAACUAGGACUGACUAUUCGAGCUGUAUGGGAUAACAUAACAAAAGAAUUGAUACCGAAGCGAUUCAGAGAAUUGGUUGCUAAAUCCUAUGAACGAGUGUCAAAAAACUUAGCAUCGACUUUAUCAUAUGUUUCAUGCAUUCAAUCAUUGGAUUUUUUAUUGUCUUCUGAUGGCAAUUUGACUGAAUCGAAUUGUAUUCAACAUAGUAUUGAUGUGAUAUCAGAUCAUAUCAAUAAUCUGCAAAAUGAAAUGAAAUGGUUACAUGAUCACCUUGAACCAAUCAUUAUGUCUGAUGAUAGAAUCGCUAUAACUACAAAUGUGGAUGAUAAUAAUGAUAACAAUGUAGUGUUUGUGUUUAAUGAAACUGUCAAGGAGUUAUCUCAAUUAACUACUUGCUUAACAAAUACCCAUGAAAAUUUAAAAGAUUUAUGCUUACCGGCGAUACACAGUUAUCAUGAAACACUCAGUUAUGCAUCAGAUUAUUUAGAUACUAUUGAGCGUCAAAUGGAAGUAUUACAGGUAUCAUCAAUAUCUGUGAUUAACGAAAAUAAUCAAGGUGAAAAUAAUAAUAAUGAUGGAGAUGAUAAUUACAUUGAGUGUACUCUAGUUACUUACGAGAAAUUGGAAACACUUCGUACUACUAAAGAACAGUGUUUGCAAUUACUGGAAAGUGUUAGUGAUAAUCAUGGGGAUAUUAUUGAUGAGCUGUUAAAUUCAGUAGAACAGUUUCAACAAUCCCUUAACGAAUUGCCUAUUGUUCAAGAAAAAAAUUGCUCAAAUACAACAGUUUCAUCUUAUGUCUCAAAGCUUUUGGAUCCCAUUGAUUCAACUUCUCAAAGAUUUUUACAUUUCAUGACAGAUUUGAAAAAUAUAAUAUCUUAUUAUGACCAAAUGAUCACUAAUCUUUGUGAAAUCGGAAGUCAUAAAAUACCUUCAGAAUUGUUAUCAGAUACAAAUGUAUUAGAUUCUCUAGAAUACCCUCAAGAAUCACAGAAUACUUGUAUAUCACUAUCUAGUGAAGCUAGUGAUUAUAUCAACAAGUUUGACAAGCAUAUUGAACAACUUUCUAAUGCAGCUCAUAAGAGUCGUUGGUUGAUGCCGACAACUUCAUGUUUAAAUGAAGUUGAUGAUAGCAAGCAUCUAGUCAAAAUCAGUGAACGAAUGGCUGUAGUUGGAAACUUUUUUGGGCUAUACCCUCCUGAAGGACAUGAUGAAAGCGAUAAAUAUGACAGUAGUAAUAUCAGCAAUGGAGUACAGGUUAUGAAAUGUGUUUUAAAAGAAUUAGAUUGCCUAGAAAGUAAACUCAAACUUUCCUGUUGCGAUUUAAUAGAGAAUGAUGUGUUUGUCAGUAGAAUGAAUCAAAUUACGACGUUACGGAAUGAAGUUACCGAAAGAUUAAGUGAAACACUGAAAGAAAGUGAACAAAUGCACCUUAAUAAUCAGCAUCUUGAAGAAGCUGUAGUGAAAUUUGACAACCUUAAAGACACAUUUAAACAGUCUACUUCAACGUUAUUUAAUGAGGCGAGUAUACUAUCUGAAAAUGAAUCGAAUUCAACGUGUAAUAUGUUCGAAAUUUGCGCUGAAUCAUUAAGAAGUAGGAUAUCUGAGACAAAUAAUUUGAUUGGUGAACUUCAGGAUUUGAUCAGUGAAACUAUGUUUACUGAUAUUGAGAAUUUAUCACCGAGUUCUGUUUUCAAUGCAAACAUCAGCCAACCUGAAGUCAAUAGUAAUCAAGGUUCGAUAAAUGAUAAUAAUGCUGAUAUAGUGAUGAAAGCCGAUGAAGGUAGUAUAUGUUUACCAUCUUUUUCUAUUCCUUUAUGGUAUAAGCAAAUUAAAAUAAAUGAGGAGGUUGUAGAUUUUUUGGAACAUGUUAAAAACUAUCGAGAACAACUUCUACAUGGUUAUGAAUUAGCAGAACGCCUUUCUACCUGGUUAUCAGUAAUGAAUUCCAGAGUGACUAAGUUAAAAAUGAAACUGCAAUGUCUAAGCAUAAAAUCAACAGAUUCAGAUACUGACAACCUAUUUUCUCACUUGCAUGACAUUUCACUAUUUCGACUUGAAAUAUGUUCUCAGUGGCCAAUUAUUCAGUGUAUCAUCAAAGAAGGGACUGAAUUCAAAGAUGUUAUCAUACAACUAACUCAAGAUUAUGAAUGGGAUAGUAAGGUGGAUCGUUUUAGAUUGAAAUUCUUGUCAAUCGAUCACAACAAUACGUAUAAUAAUAAAAUGUCAAGUAUUAUUGCAUCAGUUAUUCGUUCUACAGAUUAUAAUAUAGAAAAGAUUAUAAAUGAUUUCAAUAGCAGCUUUAACGAAUCAUCAUUUUUACUAUCGAUUACAAGAAAUCAUCUCAUUGAGACAAAUCAAAUUCAAUUGGUUUUAAAAGAUUUUUCAAGUGUACUAAAUGAAUCCAUUUGUUUAAUGAAAAUAAUAAAACAACACUAUACAUUUGAUGAAUUAAAAGAAUCUAUCAACUAUGAAGAAAAUGAUUCAAUUGUUAUAUCCAAAUUUCUAUUAAACCAUUGGAUGAAAAUAAAACAUUUAGAGGUAUGGUGUGAAGAAAUAAAGUCUAUUCAAGCAAUACUCAAAAGUAUUUCAAGCAAUCCCUUAGAGAGUGUUUGUAACGGGAAUACUGAAGAGGAAAUUGAACGACUAAAAUUGGAAAGUGAACAACAUUAUCUUAUUUUAUCAGCAAGUAAAUGUGAACUGUCGGAUAAAAUAAAUCAGGAAAACCAGCUACAUUUGUCUAUAUCAGCUUACUCUGCUUGGCUUGACCGGUCAAUUGAUGAACUGAUCAAAAUGGGUGGACUGAAUAAUCUGAAUUUGGAUAUAUCUGAAGUUAAAUGGAAAGAAUUUCAGGCUUGGCAGUCAACAUUUCAAAGUGAGAAUCAAAUACGUUUGAAUAAUCUAUUGAAACAGUUACCCAGCUCAAUAUUUCAGCAUAUUUUUAAACAAGAUAAAGAUUCAUUUACAAAUGUAGAAGAAUUCAUUCUGAAAGAUAUACAAAUGAUGAAUUCAAUUAGUAAUGGAAAAUCAUUACCAAAUGAAAGAAUUAAAUCCUGUCUGGAGUUAAAUAUGUCUCGUGUAUUGAGGCGAUUCAUUCGAUGUUAUCGUCAUAUUUCCAUAUUAAAUAAAAUAUGGAAAAAGCAUAUGAAAUUCAUUAACUGUUAUGCAGAAAGUAUCCACAGUCUACAUAUAUUAUUCGAUGGAAUUCAAGCAGAAUUAUCAAAAUUGUAUAGACCGUCUAAAUUAGUUAUUCGUUGUACUGAACAAUUAAAUAGUGUAAAGAAUGUUGUUGAGCAAUUGAAAUCAUAUGAGAAAUUGGUAGUUCAACUUUAUGAAACCCUACCUGUGAUCAAAUCGUUAUGUAGUGCAAGUGAACUCUCACAAACAGUUAGUACUAUAAAAAGUACUAAACACAAUUUUAUUUGUCUUCUACGUCGAGCAACAGAAAGACAAAAAAUUCUUACUCAAGCCUUAAAAGAAGACACGAGAUUUGAUGUAGGUUACCAUAGUUUAAUGAAUUGGUUGAUAACUAAUCUUGCUAUACUCGAGUCUUAUGAUGCACAUACUUUAAGCGAAGAGAAGAUUCAGCUUUCCAUCAAAGAAUUGUUAAAGGAAUUUAAUCAACGACAAUCUGAAUACUGGUUAGUUAUGAGGAUGGGUGGAAAUCUACGAGAACGUUGUACUGCCUUAGAUCCAGAAAAGAAUAUACUUGGUGAUAUGCUUAAUAAACUUCAUAUAACCAAAUCAAAAUUUGGGAAAUUAUUAUCAAAGUGUCAAAUUAAAAUGGAAAAACGUUUGAUAAAAAGUCAGAAUAAUAAAUCAGCACUUUUAUGCCUACAAGAAUGGUUACAUAAUGCAGAAGAACAACUAGGUAUUGAAAAUAUACGCAAUAAGAAGAAUACUGUUAAUCAAACGUCAAAUUAUAAUAAUAUGAUACGUGUAUUGAACAGCCAUACCAAAGCUACUGAACACCUUAGAUCAAAUGGUACAAAAGUGAUUGAUGAUGAUGGCGAUGACAACAACUCUAGUCAUUCAACGCAAACCUCUUACACAUACUUCAGUUUUAAAGAAUAUGAAAACAUUGUUUCUGUUAUAGGUGAUGCAGCUUUCAUCCAGUCUAUGAAUUUGAACCAUUCAAUAUUAGGUGAAGAGCUAUGUCAGCGUGAAAAGUUGUAUAGCGAAAUAAUUUCAAACAAUUUCAACCUCAGUGAAUCAACCGGACUAAUGGAACGUUUAGCACGAAUAAGGCAAGCUUAUAACCUACGGGAGAGCUGUAUUCAGAUGGCAAAUGAUAUUGUAAAUGAAAUGACUACAAAUUACGCCAAUUUGAUGAUAUGGUUAUUAGACGCCUCCAACAAACUGAUGGAUAAUAGUAACAAUAAUAAUAAUAAUACAAACACUGGAUUUAUCUCAUAUAAUAAAAAAAGUGUGAGAAAAGGCACACGUAACGAAACCACAAAGAGUUGGCGUUCCUCUACUACUCUAUAUAAAACACAACUAAGCUUGUAUGCUAAAUUACACUUUGAACAACAGCAUAUCUACCAGACGAUGUUCAGACAGUAUCAAACUGUGUUCAGAAGAAUAAUUGCAAAAUGUACCUUCAAGUCGAAUGAUGGAAUUAUAAGUGAAAUCAGUGAAAUUUCUGUUCAUUGUCACAUAAAAUCUAGACAUCAACUUCUUAUUCAGUAUAAGCAGAUUGUUAAUUUAUGGCAUAAAGUUGAUCAAAGCUUAAAAUGUUUAUAUUCAGUAUUAGAUCAAUCGAAACAAUCAUUUAUUCAUGAUAUUACUGAAUUUGAAGAAGAAGAAAAAUGGCUUCAAAAUGAAAUAAUCCAAUUAGAUAAGCUGAUAAUAAGUGAUGAUGAAAUAUAUCAAAAUAUUUCUAAGGUAAUACUUCCAACUACGACAAUAAUUCACAAUGAAACAUCUCUAAGUAAUAAUCAAUCAUUAUUGUUGAACAAGAAUUCUCUAUCCCUUAGUUCUGAAUCUGUUGAGUAUGUUUCUGAUGAUAGUACUAAUCAACAACUUUUCACUGAAAAAAUGCUUCAAGAAUUAGAAGAGAGAAUUAGAUUGUCAAAAGAGAAACUUGAAAAUAUUAAAAACAAAGAAAAGAAAAUUUGUGUCCGUUUAACAGCUUACAGAAAUAUUUUUGAUAUGAUUGAAAAUCAUAAAAAUGAGGUUAAUGAUUCUGACAAUCGUACUCCAUCAGUGUUUAAUUCUGAAAAGUUUAACUUAUCACCAUACGAAACAAUAAACGUUAUUGAUUCUAUGAUAGACUGUUCCAUUGAUGAAUAUAAAAAGUAUGGACAUCAUUUACCAGAAGAAGAGCGAAUAAGUGUUGUUACUGACUCCAAAUCGCCUAUCACAAUGACUUCUUCUGUUAAUAAGGUUUUUCAAAAGCAAAGUAAUGAUAGAGUAGAGAUAUUUGAGAAAUCCUACUAUAGUCUUAUAAACCGAAUAAGUCAUCGAAUAAAACAAAUGGAAUACUAUCAUAACAAUUUACUUGAGCAUACUCUGUUAGUCGAUUUCAAUUUUGGUGAAUGGCGCCAUAACUAUUUACAGUGGAUAACAAGUUGUCAUUAUCGGUUAAGUGAUAUAUUUUCAACGCGUAGCUUACACAAAUCAAAAAUUGAUGUACACCUAACCAACACAUCUGGAUCAGAGUCUCCAAGACAACGGAUGUCCACUGUGUCUUUGAAUUCUCAGACAAGUUGGAGUUCUUCAAAGAAGAGUUUAUCCAAUAGUACUGCUGCUAGUAGUAGUGGUGGCAGCGGUAACAGUAAAAAAUCAGAAAAACCUUUUGAAAAUCAUUCCUCUGCAUCAUUAUUAUCACCAUCUAGUAUUGAAUCGUUGAAUCCUCAUGAAACUGGAAAUAAUAACAGUAAGCAAGAUAUAAAUUGUAAGGUGAAUGAAUGGAAUUGUUCCCAGUUCACGGAAGCAGUGUUACGUGGUAAACCGACAUUUUCGUGGGCAAAUCCUGUUUUUAUUAAGGCUGCAUUUCAUACAAUUGAUAAAAUGAAAAAGGGAAGAAUAACACAACAACAAAUUAUGGAGGCAUUCAAUUCGAAAAAACAAAAUAAGCCUUUACCAAUUGAUGAAUUGAUCGCACAUGCAAUAGAGCAAGAAACUAGUAAAUGCGUAUGUCAGACAAAAUUUCUACCGAAAAAAAUUGGUAAAGAUAAAUAUUGUUUUGGCUCUAGCCCACGAGUUUAUUUGGUUCGCUUCCUUAAUAGUACUACAAUAGUUCGAGUAGGAGGAGGUUGGAUGAGUUUAAAUGAAUUCUUAGAUUCACGUGAUCCAUGCAGAAUUCUUCAUAAGACAAAUCAUCAUAGUCACCAUUCAACAAAAAUCAACUCAUCAAGUACAGCUUCAUCACCUUCAUCUACGCAUAAAGCACCAUCUGCUUCCAGGAAAGAAAGUAGUCUAGGAUUAAUGGAGGUGACUCCGAUCCGUGGAAUGACUACCCAAGUCAAGUUGUUCACCAAUUGUAAAAAGAAAACUCCUAUUGUCUCUUAUCCUUCGAUGGAAACCAAAAAAUCAGAAAAACAACCAUUGAAUUCUUUUGAGAGUAAAACAUUGAAUAGUUGUACUGAGAACAAUAUCAGUAACGAUUUAUCACUCUCAAAUGAAUCUUCUACAAACAAAAGAAAGACAACGAAGAUCACGGGAAGAACAACGAUGAUAGCACCGAAUGAAACAACAAAGAAACAAUAAUUUAAACAGCAAUAUAGAGAUCAGCUGUUAUCUCCCCCCGCCCGUGAAAUGAGAUACCUUAUCCUUGGUGUGUUACAGAAUUAUUCAUGAACUUCCACCCACACAAGCUUCUUAAAUUUCACUACUCAUAUUUUUGCAUAUUAUUUUCUACCAGAUAAAAAAAAGGUAAACAUUUGAGAUUGAUUAUAUGCAGUGAAUUAUAAACAAGUUUUUUAUAUACCUUCUGUUCCCCGGUUUUUUGUUGCUAUUGUAAAUGUUGAAUUAUUGUAAUGAAAAUAUCACGAUAUAUUGAAAGCAUUUCAAAUGAUAACAUUUAACUCCUGAUAGUUUACAGUUCUUCUCUAAUAGAAAUCAUCCAAUGAUGACUUACGCUGAAUGUCUAUGUAUAUUUUCUAGCUUUGAAAUUGUCACGAAAGGAUUUUUCGAAGCAUUGGAUAGAAUAUCAGAUCAGAUCAAUAAGGGAAACAACUGUAAGCGUAAUUUCUAGUUGUUCUUUUGCCUUAUUUCUUUUGUGUGAGACGUUUUUUCACUGUUUAGUGACCACGAGUCGGUUUUCUUCCAUCUCUGUUUAGAGUUUACUUUCUUUUUUGAACAUUCUACUAGUCUAUGUUUGAUACUGUUUGUUUUUUCGUUUUGCAAAGGGAUUUUGCUGUUGUUUUUUUUACAAAAAUCUCUUUUUACAUACACAGUAGGUCUGUUAAAUGAGAUGAUUGAUUUAUAUUACAUUAUUGUUGUAGUUAUUAUAAAAAGUUUUUGAGUAAG